AUGUCAAAUUAUUCGGAAUAAAUACUCUUAUCACUAUUAAAGCUUGGGAAUAAAAUGGAUUCCAUUAUGAUUAUUAAACGUUUUGGUAGUGGAGUAAUUGAUUAAUAGCACUUCGUCUUAAUGAUAAGAGUACUCAAUGAUCAAAUUCCCCAAAAAGAGGUAGGAAAUUUUUAUUUAGAAACUCUUUUAUAAUAUGAGGCAUCAGCGAUGUCAGCCUAUAUUUUAAAUGCCUUGCUUCGAUAAGCCAGUUAAUUAUUGGCAAAACAGAAUGCUAAAAUAAGAAGUCCAGAUGAGAUUUUUCAUUAAAUUUCAAAAUCUCUUCAAAUUAAGAAUUAAGAUAUUGAGAGAGUUUUUAGAAUUUUUGAUUUUGAUUAGGAUAAUUUACUAAAUGAGAAAGAGUUUAAGAACUUUUUGGAAUACUAUGUCCCAACUCUGUCUCCUGAUGAAUAUAACAAAUUGAAAACAACAUUUCCUACUUAAAAAGUUACUCUUUACAAUCUAAUGAGCUGGAUGUAAGAAAGCAACUCAAUGAAAAACAGCAUUAAAGCAUUUUAAAAACCAAAACAAGAUCCUUCAGCAGACAAAAAAAGGGCUAUUACUCCAAACACUUAAGAAAGGCAGAAAGAAAUAACGCCAAUUUAGAAACCUUAAGUGCCAUAAAAACCUUAAUACUAAUAAAAUAACUAUUAAUCACCUAGAGUGGAAACACCAAAGAAAGAUUUGUAAGAAUAGUUGAAGUUAUAAAUGCAAUAGUAAUAAUAAUAACAAUAAAAUUAGUAAGUAAAAUAACAACAAUAAUAAUAACAAUAACAACAAUAAUAACAAUAAAAAUAGUAAUAACAAUAAUAGCAAUAAUAAUAAUAAUAAUAACAAUAAUAAUAAUAAUAAUAACAAUAAUAAUAAUAAUAAUAAUAAUUAAUAAAACCACCUCUGAAAGAUUCUCCUUAAAGAAAAAUUAAUCCUAUUUUAGAAUCUAUUUUAUAUGAAGAUCCAUAGUAAGCCAAUAUUUUAAAAUCUGAUAUACAAUUCUAGAAAUACGUAAUUUUAGACUAUAAUAUACCAGGAGUUUAAGAUUUCCUCAAGAAAUUUAACGACUUAUAUAAAUAGAAAUAAACAUUUACAGAUAUUGAAUUUCCAGCAAAUGCAUAUAGUUUAGGUUCAAAAUUAACACAAUAUUAAUGGAAGCGAUUAAAAGAUAUUUGGCCAACAUAUGAGGUUUUUGUUAAAGAUAUGACCCAAUCAAGAUUCGGUUUAGGAAAAUGGAUUAGUCCAAAAGACAUUUGCCAAGGGUAAUUAGGAGAUUGCUAUUUUCUAUCAGUUUUGAGUUCAAUGGCAUGUAGAUGGCCUGACUUUUUAUUGGAUCUAUUCUUAACUUAGACGAAGAAUCCAUGUGGCAUUUACGCAAUUAGACUUUGCAUUGAUGGUAUUUGGAAAGCUAUUAUUCUUGAUGAUUUCAUUCCUACCCAAGGGAAUCAGCCUGCAUUUUCACAAAGCCCAUCAAAAGAAAUCUGGGUUUUAUUAAUGGAGAAAGCUUGGGCCAAAUCUUUUGGAUCUUAUUCAAAUAUCAUAUCUGGAGAUUCUAAAGAAGUCAUCCGAAGUCUAACUGGUGGACCAACUUGGAGCUUGAAAACAGAUCAACCUGACUUUAAAGAAUAAUUUAUUGGUAAUGUGUAAAGAAAAUGUUUAAUGACAACAGGAUCAUUUUCUAAAACUAAUAAUUCAGAAAUUAUGGGUUUAAUUGCUGAUCAUGCAUAUUCUAUUUUAAAAAUUAGAACUAUUCAGCAUCCAUCCAAAGGAGAGGUUACUUUGAUUAAACUGAGAAAUCCUUGGGGUAAAAAGGAAUGGACAGGAGAAUGGAGUGAUGAUAGUACAUCAUGGACCAAGGAAAUAAAAUAACAAUUAAGAGUCAGUGAAAAAGCAGAGGAUGGAAUCUUUUAUAUGUCUUAUUAAGAUUUUAUUCGCUAUUUUAAAACUAUCUACGUUGGAUAUUUCUAAAAAAGCUAUAUUUAUACCUCUUAAACAAUUGUGAGUAAAUCAAAUAGAUCUACCUAUUUCAUUUUCAACAUUGAUAUGGCAGGUUAAUACUAUUUUACUGCUUAAUAACGAUCAGCAAGACAUUUUAAAGAUAAGUACAAAAAUUAUGAAUAUUCUUCUAUAAGAAUGAUACUUGCUUCUUAGACUAAGUAAGGUUAUGUCUGGGAAUACGCAAAGCAAGAAUAGGAUCAAUAAGUUUAUGUAGGGGAGUUAUUAGAUAAAGGUAGAUACGUUUUACAAGUGAAAGUGAAGUGGUAAUUUUGGGAUGAAGAAUAAUUUGUUAUUAGCAGUUACGGACCAAAAGAAAUAAAAUUAAAGUAGAUCUAAAAGGAUCAAGCAUUUAUUAAACAAGUUCUCUUGGAUAAAGCAAUGUAAAACCCAAAGAGAGAAUAAAGUGGAUGUCAAAAUCUUGAAAUAAUUUCAGAUCUUCCUCUAUAAUAUGGUGUUGGUUAUGAAUAUUAUAAAAACAACGGCAAAGAUGCAAUUUAAGUGAAAAGCACAUUUUCAAAAAUGGUAGGCCUAAAAUUAAAAAAGCCAGAAAGGGGAAAUCAAUAUUAAAUUACAUUAUAACCCAAUGCAGAAUACCUAAUUGCAUAUACUAUUAAAGCAGAAGGAUUUUAGACAUAAUAAUCUAGGUCAUAUACAACAACAAGAUGA